AUGGCCACUUUUAAUGAUAUGGUGGAGGACUUUGUAGAGGUAUUCAUGGAUGAUUUCUCCGUCUUUGGGAAAUCUUUUGAGGGUUUUACCAGAGAUUCAUCAAAGAUUUCAAAGAAUGCAAGACCUAUGUGCAGUCUCUUGGUGAAGGAGGUGAAAUUUGAAUUUGAUGAGAUGUGUUUGAAGACGUUUGAGGUUGUGAAACAGAACUUAAUUGAAGCUCCAAUCUUGAUUGUUCCUAACUGGGAGCUACCAUUUGUACUCAUGUGUGAUGCAAGCAAUGUAGUAAUGGGUGCAAUAUUGGGACUAAGAAAAGAUAAGGUGUUCCAUUCAAUAUAUUGUGCGAGUAAGACCCUUGAUUCUGCUCAAGCUAAUUACACCGUGAUUGAGAAGGAAUUGCUAGCUCUAGUAUUCACCUUUGACAAGUUUAGAUCGUAUUUGAUAGGUACCAAGGGUUUUACCAGAGAUUCAUCAAGGAUUACAAAGAUUGCAAGACCUAUGUGCAGUCUCUUAGUGAAGGAGGUGAAAUUUGAAUUUGAUGAGAUGUGUUUGAAGACGUUUGAGGUUGUGAAGCAGAACUUAAUUGAAGCUCCAAUCUUGAUUGUUCCUAACUGGGAGCUACCAUUUGAACUCAUGUGUGAUGCAAGCAAUGUAGCAAUGGGUGCAAUAUUGGGACUAAGAAAAGCUAAAGUGUUCCACUCAAUAUACUAUGUGAGUCAGACCCUUGAUUCUGCUCAAGCUAAUAACACCGUGACUGAGAAGGAAUUGCUAGCUCUAGUAUUCACCUUUGACAAGUUUAGAUCGUAUUUGAUAGGUACCAAGGCAAUUGUUUAUACUUACAAUGCAGCUAUUAGGUACCUAAUCGACAAGAAGGAUGCAAAACCAAGGAUAAUUCGGUGGAUAUUGCUUCUACAAGAAUUUGAUCUUGGGAUCAAAGACCGGAAGGGUAUUGAGAAUCAAAUAGCUGAUCAUUUGUCCAGGACUGCUUACAAAAUACCAACCGAGACCUUUCCUAAUCACAUAGUGUUUGGAAAAGCAUGUCAUAUUCCAGCGGAGCCAGAGCACCAAGCGUAUUGGGCGAUUGAGAAGUUAAAUCUUGACCCUGAGAUUGCCGGUAAGAAGAGAAUAAGUCAAUUGCAUGAGCUUGAGGAGUUUCAGUUCCAAGCAGAUGAGAAUUCUAAGCUAUACAAAAAGAAGACAAAAUGA